ACUCACACGGCGGCCAUAUUUGACAUCCGGCGAAGUGCCAGACGGAAAGUAUUCGUGCUGACACUGUCGGGAUAGGUUAACGAAAUAACGUCAAUAGUCAUUGUUUUAACGCAAAAAUGGAUCUGCAAAAAAGAGCGAUGUCUGCCUUUCAUUCUCUUGUUUACACUAUUUUGCUGAGUUUCGUUGUAAGCACAGGGUCUGGAGAAGUUGUUCAGCUUGUUAGUAGCAACAUACAGAAUAUCUUAUCGACAAAUGAUGUUGUGUUUGUCAAUUUUUAUGCUGACUGGUGCAGAUUCAGCCAGAUAUUAACACCGAUCUUUUUAGAAGCAUCAAAUAAAAUCAGUGAAGAAUUUCCUCAAUCUGGACGGGUUGUUUUUGGAAAAGUAGAUGCUGAUCGAGAAAGUACAAUAGCAGCAGAAAACCAUAUAUCAAAAUACCCCACACUGAAGUUGUACAGAAAUGGACAAGUAAUGAAAAAGGAGUACCGGGGAUCGAGAUCGGCUGAUGCUCUGGCAAACUACAUCAGGGACCAGCUUAAGGAUCCUAUACAGCAACAUACUACAUUACAAUCUCUGGAUGAGAUUGACGAUAAACAGAGACAUGUUAUUGGAUAUUUUGGUCAUCAGGAAAAUGAAGCGUAUAAAGCUUAUCUGAGAGUUGCCACCACUCUACGAAAUGAGUGUAACUUCCAUGCUGCCCUUGGUCCUGUAUCCGAGAACGAGAGGCUUGGAGGAGACAACAUUGUAUAUCGGGCACCAAAUACAAAAAGACAAGACGUUAAGUACCUGGGCGUGCUGAAUAACUUUGAUGAGCUCCUGCAGUGGGCCACAAAUAAAUGUAUGCCGCUGGUCAGAGAAAUAACCUUUGAAAAUGCUGAGGAAUUGACAGAGGAAGGAUUACCAUUCCUGAUCCUUUUCCAUCACCCAGAUGACACAGCAAUUGUAGAGAAGUUCAAUUCUGCUGUAAAUCAGGAGCUCCUUGGGGAAAGAACGAGUGUUAAUUUCCUUACUGCGGAUGGUCUGAAGUUUUCUCAUCCCCUUCACCACCUCGGCAAAAGUGCUAGUGAUCUACCUGUUUUGGCUAUAGACAGCUUCAGACAUAUGUAUAUUUUCUCAAAAAAUACCAAUGAAAUGAAUGAACCCGGAGUGUUAAAGCAAUUUGUACAAGAUCUUCAUUCUGGUAAAUUACAUCGUGAAUUCCAUCACGGCCCUGACCCUACCACAACACCACCAUCAGAUAAUAAUGAAGCAGAAGCAGAUGCACAAACAGACCACAUACCUCAUGAUACCAACGACAAGAACGCUGAGGUCAAGUCUCCAACAUCACCACCAGAAUCUACAUUUAGAAAAUUGGCUCCAUCAGAGAACCGCUACACAAUUCUACAUAAGGAUGAGUUAUGAGGGGUUGGGCUACAGGGACUGCUGCUGUAGAUUUAAAAUAUCUUUUGGUGAAGAAAAAGAAAUGCAGGAUGUAUUUAUUUCUUAUUACGAAAAAUUAAAUUGAAUUAAAGCUAUUAAAAUAUGAAAAAAUAUUAAACUCUUGGAAACAGAUAUUUUCAACAAAAAGAAAUAAUAGUUAAAAUUGAUAUGAAUUUAUUUAUUAGUUAAACUGUCUGAAUUCAUAUUAUGGUUUUAGACACAUAGAUAAAUAUUUCUUUAAUAUCAUGCUGUAAUAUAAACAAUAUUUAGGCCCAGAAAUAUGUUUAGACUUUUGGGAUUAUUUUUUUGGAGGGAUAGUUUUAGUUGGUGAUAAUAAAGUUGAGUACUAGCUGUGGUAUUUGUGUAUAAGUAGAUGUACAGUCUUAAAAUGCAAAAAAGUUCUUCAGGUCUUUAAAAUGCAGGUGAUUUUCUGCUCAUUAAAAUCUAGUUAAUCAUAUUGUGCCAUGUUACGAUAUCAAAACUAUAUGUUUGUCAAUUUAUAAUUUAAGUAUUAGAUUGAUUAAUUACAUGUUCGGGUGUUUAACCAAGAUUAGACAAAUAAAAUUGUUCACUAGUUUUAAUAGUUAAUGAAAUUUUAUAUUGAAUUUGCUAUUAAUUAUUCCUGUGUGUCACUGUUGAAAUGAUAUUAGAAUAAAAACUUAAUGAGAUACAAACUUAAAUAAAAACGAUUUUAUGAUCAUAAUGUUGAAGUAUACGUAGUCGGAGACAAGCCCUUGUAGGCCAAUGAUAUUAUUAAGUACACAGCUCUUUAGAUAAAAAAUCACGUAUGUAAACAUAAGAAGAUAUUAAACACUAGUAAUCAGAAAAUAUGAGGGAUACUACGAUAUCCUGUUGAUUACGUUAUAAAUACAAACAUUGGAUGUUGGUUGUACUAGUGAUAAACAAUUGAUUGAUUGAUUAAUGUAAUUGCUAUUUCCUUUACACCAAAUAGCCUUCUCAUAUAAUUUUCACAGUUUACAUGUUGUACGUCUUCAGAGCUCAUGUUUUUUUUCUCUCCGUAUAAGAAAUAUUGUUAUUAUCUGGUAUCUUGAGGAUAGCAGAAAUUACCAGUCCUACGAAAAUACAUUUUGGCUUUGAAAAAUGUUUUGAGAAGAUUUUUCACACAAAAUUGUAUGUCACUGACAGUAGAAAUUUGAUAAUUUUUGGUAGAAGUUGUCCUUUUGUUUAAAAUACAAUGUAGAUAUUUUAAUUAGAUACUCUAUUCUACUGACUUCCUAUUGCUAGGUUGUGCUGUAAUUAUACACAUUUUACAAUGUAUGCCUCUUUCAAAUUUUUAUCAAUAAAUAUGUUCAUGGUAUAUCAAAUAGAAAGCAGAAACUACACCUAGAUUGUGGGAGAGAAAUUGAUAUAAGCUAGAAUUUGUUUUUCAAUCCAAAUGAAUAUGUUUAUUAUGAUUACAUAUAUGUAUAUAAGAUGUUAAACUGUUCUAUAAAUACUGUUUAAACUAUUAAACCAUGAUAACAAAACCAUUCAAUACAAAUAUGUGAUUUUUGAGUCUCAAUUAAGCCUACCUUUCAGGGGUAUUAUCACGGAGAAAAUUGUUGUUGUUUUAUUGUUUUAAACAAUAUUGUAAAAAUUAUUUAAACGGUUCUAUUAAAUGUGAAACGAUUUCAUUUCUCUUUUGAUAGGAAGUAUUGUAAAGUAUAUUUUCAAAUGUUUUUGAAAUGUCUUUUCAAUCUCCGAAAUGAAACAUGUUAUUGAAUGAUAUUUAUUGAAUUAGACUCGACUUACUCGAACAUGCAUAAAGUAAACCUAGUACACUUGUAGAAGUGAAAUCAUAUUGAGUGAUUGCUCUGUUUUAUAGAUUGUAUGGGUUUUCAUAUUUGAAUAUAAAAUAUUUCAUUUAGAUGUUAAAGAAUUAACUUAAGGUAGACAGUCCAUUUUUAUUAUCAAAGUAUAUACAGUAUGACUUGAAAAUUUAUUAUCAUUCAAACAAACAAUUAUUCCAACUAGAACAUAAAAGUAGCAAAUUGACAUUUAGAAAUGAUUCUAUGUAAUGGUAAUUAAGAUAAUGAUAUUCAAGGAUAUUGACUUGUACUUGAUUGAUACCUGAGUGGAUGAGAUUUCUAUUUUUCAUGGUAUGUGUAUCUGUCACUUUUAUUAAUGAUGAAAAUAGCAUAAGACUAUUUCUUUUAUAUACUGAUAUGACUCAAAAGUUAAAGAGCAGACAACUCCAUGUCAGAAAAAAGUGGUAUACAAGUUUGAAUCUUUGAUAGAUUACGUGCCUGGACUUUCUACCAGUUAAACUCAUUUUAUUGAUAUAUAGAAAAACUGCAGCAUUCACAUUUUGAAAAUGAUGAAUAUGAAAGGGAAAGAUAGGGUGAUUGGGUCCAUAUUUUUAUCAUCGUCAUCAACCUAUAUACAGAGUUUACUUCACAAAUAAAUGUACAUCAUAUGUAUAUUAUAUUGAAUAAUUUUGUUUAUUUUUGAAAGUUUAGCUAAAAUUAUGACCUGUUUGACAGGAGUUGAUGAGGUGAAGAUAUUUGUGAUUGGCAUCACUGUUCAUUAUCAUGUGAUGACAUUUAUAUUAUAUAUAGACUUUGUAUCUUUCCAAAUACCUGUCUGUCUCUAAUGUUGACAGAAUAAGAGACAGAUAUGCCUAGCAUCAACAGUGACACGUGUAAUGGAUUUUAGUCUAUGCUUGUCAAAUCCUUUAUACCUUAAAGGAUACCUUCUUAAUGAAAGAUUCACUUACCUAUUAAAGACCUUGCAGGUUUAACUCAAGAAAAACAUGUUCACCUGUUAUAAAGAUUGAGACAGGAUGGCAUUGUUCUGUGAAAUUAUGGCCGCUACAUACCUCUCUGCCUAUAUUUGUCUGUCUAUCCGUCUCUCCCACCCAACAUGUUUUUCGGUUUAUUUUCGUCAUACCUGUAGAUAAUGAGAUUAAAAGUAAAAUCAUUUUACAGAUGAAGAUCAAGCUUCAGUCCAUUAUUGCAGUUUUGAAAUAAGUUAUCAAAAUUAUGAAAUUUAUUCAAAUUAUGGUCUUUGUAUCCACCCAUCCAGAUUUUGACAUUGCUUUUGAGACUACAGACUAAAAUAUCUUAAUUAGUUUUGAAAAAGGUUUGAAAUGUGGUAAAAAUUUGAGUAUCUUUCGUACAAUCCUAUGACAGAGUUUGUUGCCCUUGGAACCCUUUUUUUUUUGUUUUUUUUUUUUGUUUUUUGUUUUUGUUUUUUUUUUCUGCAUUUUCUUUUAUUAUUUUGUAUUCCUGCAGAUAAUCAGCUGAAAUUUUGCUGGUUGCUUGUUAAAACCUGUUUAACCUGUUCACCACAGGUGAGAUGUUAGUUUCAUUGUGUUAUCCAUAUACAUAUACAUGUAAAUUAAUACAAUUGGAGUGGGGGAGGGGGUCAAUAAUGUGAUUGUAGUGACUUUCCAUAUAACAUUAUAAUUGUCACUUUGUUAGAUUCUUUCUUCACACACUUAUCAUUAGUUGGGAGGAGAUCGGGGGCGAAUCUGUAACUUCUUUAGGCCCUCAAUAUGGUGUUAGUGUAGUUCAUCCUUUUCACCAAAACUUCUGUGAUAAAUAAGUCUGGGGCUCUUUUUGUUUAAACAGACAAUACCGGUAUAAUGUACAAAAUUAAUUUAAGCUAACUACGUUUGAUCUAAUUAAUAAAGACGUUGGUGAAAUUGGAAACGAAAAUAAAAUAGUUUCUUCAUCAAUCUUUUAAUGUUUGAAGUCUGAUGAAUAUAUGAGUGCAAUAUUUAAAAGAAUUAACAUCACAUAUUAGAAAUCUUGUAGAUCAUUCACACCAGAUUAUCACUGUGUAGGUGCUUGGUACAGUAGUGAAGUAAAGUGCAUUUUAACUUUUUCAUAUAUAUAAACAUGCGUGUGCUAUUGUACUAACUGUAGCUGUUGAUCCAGUCUUUAGUCAGUACUGGACCUUGUGGAUUCUAAUGUGAUUGUUAUAACAGAAAUUUAUGUAAAUUACUGAUACUCAACAUAUUUAGGUAGGUCCUAGUCAGAGUUUCCUCUGACCCCUGCACCAGAUAUUUGACAUUUUGACAGACAUUUGUCUAGUAUAUGUCAGAAGUCUAUUUGUCAAACUAUUGUCAAAUAUUGGUGGCGCAGGGUCGUAAAGAGUAUUCUGACGACCUAGAAGGCUGCUGGUUGAUAGAUUUAUUAUUGGACAUCAUUGUGCUGAGAAUUGGUUUUCAAAAUAUCUAAACCUCCGACAUUGUCUGAGUAAGGGCAGAAGUAACUUGGACUAGCGAGAUUCAAACAUAUACAGGUUCAUGUUAAUUUAAUUACACAACAUCCAUACUUUUUGUGUGAAAAGAUAACUCGAUUAUAAAGAUUUCAAAUCACCAGGUAUAUAUUUAUGUAUAUUUAUGUAAACAUUUCUUGUGUAUAAAACAUUGUUAUCUGACUUUCCAUACACCUGGAUUGUCUUUCUGGGUUUGGUGUGGUGGGGAUUGGGAGUUAUUUUCUGUAUUAUCAGGCAUUAAGUGCUUGUCUGGUAAUGAGCCCAGUCCUAUUUCAUAGAAAUACACACUGUAUUUCACUGCCCUGUAAAAAUUCUAUCCCCAAUUUAAUCCUGUACAGUGGAAAUACCAACAAAUACUAUAUCACUGCCUAUUUACAUCCCCUAUAUUCAGUCAGUGUUUUGGCCCCCCAGGCUUCAUACAGGAUACAACACAGUUUGUGUUGAAUUAUUUGGAGAUACAAGAUGUUUAUUAAAUGAGUGAAAUACAUAUGUAAGAAUGAAGCAGAACAUAUUAGCGUAAAAGAGUAUAGAAGAAUUAGUUGAAGAUUGAAUGUAAGUCAUAUUUAUGAUACACCAUGUGUGUGCUUGUUUUUGUUUAAUUUUUUGUUUAAUUUCCAAUGAACUGACUAUCAAUUAAUCAACUUUGCAAUUUCAAUUGAAGAGGUAGUUAUUCUUUUGUGUAACAAGGUAAAAGACAGGCAUGAUUUUGUUCAAAGUAAAAAAAAAAAAAAAGAUAGAUUUUAUGAAUUUAAGAAAUAAGGUUAUUGGUGUGAGGUAUUAUAAUAGUAUUAGUUAAAAGCUCUACGUUAUACAGAAAUAGUGUGAAUUAAGCAGGAGAGAUUUACAUUAGUAGGUAGCCCCAUGCAGCAAUCCAAAAGAAGGAGAAUAUCCGAAUCAAAUUUAGAAAAAAAUGUUGUGGUCAAAUCUGCUCACGGAACCAAUCAUUUCCACUAUGCAAUCUUUUUCACUCAAAAAACUGAACAUUUUCUAAAUAGUGUAAUAUAUUUACAAGCAAAUCUGAUAGAAAGUUUUCUUAUCCCACACAAAAAUAUGAUACUGUACUGUGUUGAUAGAAACUAUUUCUGUGGUUUUAUCAAUGUUGUAACUUCAAAGGAAGUUAGUUAAGGAUGUUCAUUAGACUAGGACUGGGUAUACCAGGUCCUAGUUCAUUAGACUAGGACUGGGUAUACCAGGUCCUAGUUCAUUAGACUAGGACUGGGUAUAGUUAAGGAUGUUCAUUAGACUAGGACUGGGUAUACCAGGUCCUAGUUCAUUAGACUAGGACUGGGUAUACCAGGUCCUAAAUUAAGCUCUGUCUUUUCCUGCAUAUUUCUGUAAUUGUCCUAAGGAAAAGAGGCUAGCAUUUGAUAGGCCGAGACAAUUUUAAACUUUAAACCUGCUUUAACUUUUCAGGCAAUAAUUGUUGAUUAUAAUUUUAUUUUGAUUGUAAAAGAAAGCUUUAAUCAGCCCUGACCUAUACCUAUUGAUUAGAUUACUGUUAUUUUUACCUCCCCAUCCCCCAUUCUUAUCCCUAGAAAAAAAUCCUCUUCUGUUAAAUCUAACAGCUCAAUUGAAGUUUUGUCCUAACAACUUCUAAUUUCAAAUGUCCUUUUAAAAGAACUAGUUCUUUUGAGAAGAAUGAGAGCUCAGAGAGUCCCUGAAAGCUGAGAAUACCAAUAAUCUGAAAAUGAAAAUGAUCUCUGCUUGUAAAUAUACUUCGUUUCUUGCCAAAUUUGAAGAAUUAUAGCCUGGUGACCUGUUGUAGCUUUACUUUCCUACUUGUUGUCUUUUAUCGCCCCCAAAAAAUUUAAAUCUUUAAGAGAUAUGCUACGUUGAAGCUAUCAUGCGGACAGAACACACGACUAUAUCAAUAAUCAGGGAGACGAAACUUCCCAGUAGGCAUUGUCAUGUAGGCAGUAAACCUGUAACUAACUUGUACCAAAAAACAUUACGUCUCCCUUGAAACACCUGAUAUGUGUUUGAUAGUAAGGAGUUGCUUUAACAUGCUUUUUAAAUAUCUUCCAAAACACAGGGACUUGAUACGUUCCUAUGACCCUGAACAAAAUAUUUAACCAUGGGGUCUAAUCCCCAGAUCACUUUCCAUGUACAAUUGUGUUGUUUCAUUCAGAGUCAUAGGUACAUGUCAAGCCCUGUGCUACCAAAUGAUCGACAUGUUAAACAAUUCAUCAUAGACAUGUUAAACAAUUCGUCAUUGAAGUUUUAUCUGGAUAUGCUUCAGAAAUGGGAACGUUUUCAAAAGUUUGCAGGCUAUACUUAAUCAAAUGAUAUCUUACUUGGGUGGUUUCGAAAAGUAAGUUUACACUCAAUCACUCCAGAAUAAUUUUGAUUUUUUAGUGAGGCUUGACAUUAAUAAAUAUAAAUGUGCUAAAUGUUUUCCUCAACACAUUAAGUUGGCCUUCUAUAAUUUUAUCAACCAAUUAAAAAUUUUGUCUUACCUAAAAGUGCUUCAUUUGACGAGAAAUUUUGGAAGUAUUGUUACAGUAUUUGACCGGUUAAGAAUCCUCCAUUUUAAUUUUGCAAUUGUUGUCAUGGUCACUGGUGUUUGUUAUUUAAAUGCUUGUUUGUUUUGUUUGAUAUUUUGGAGUAAGUAAACAUUUAGGGGAUAUUGGUAUUUAUCACUAAAUGUAAUGAAUGAAAGUUUUUUUUUUUUUAUUAUUAAAAAUGUAUAAUUUGCGAGAGAAAGUUAAUAUAUGUUGGUAAAUGGAAAUUGAAAAUUUUGCAAGCCUUAGUGUAUGGAGAAAUAUGUUUUAAAGUGAAUAAAUGAUCUUUUAAUAGCAAAA